AUGAGCCUCGCCGACUUCAAAAGACAACGGACCUACGAAAUUGCGAAACUCUCCGACGAGCAUAUCUCACAGUCCACGCAUAAGGAGGCCAUCAAAGAAGCAAGAGAGAGCAGGAAUGUCAUAACGAAAGAGCUUCGCCGAUGCAAGAAAGAUCUGGGUCUGGCCCGAGCUAUCCCGCACAUUCACCCCCAGCAGACUGUACGGGCCAUGCGAUGCUCGGUAGCUUCAGCCAAGAUAGCACACCUCAAGAUUCAGCUGCGGACCAAUCGUCGGGAGAUUGAAUCUGCGACCAUUGCAAGAGAGGGAGAAAUCGCACGCCAAUGGAGAGAAAUGAAAGAUCUCAACGAACAGCAUUUCGAGAUGCGCUCACACAUCGGCGCCGCCGACAGUAUGGCUUUCCCGUUUGCUUCCAAGCCUCGCGGGAGAAUCGACCGCGAAGAAGAACGAUUUUGGAAGAGGGUCAUCAUGAGUUCGGUGCCCAUGGACGAUCAGGAUCCUGUCAUGCACGGCAAUGCGGUCUUCGCUCGCGUUGGAAAGGUCGUCGGAAAGUUCAUCGACAGACUGAGCCGAGGAUAG